AGGAAAGCUGUUUCUGUAGAAGAUCCAAAAAAAAAAAAGCAUGCGACAAAGAAGGCGAAAUAUCUAAAAUGAAGUAUUGCGACAUUUGAGGAUGAUUUUAAGUACGAUUUUACUGGUAUAUCUAGUAUAUCCAAUCAUAUCUCUUCUGACAGCCUACAGCAAACAAGAAGUUGAAUAUUUGCAAGAAUUCGGUUAUUUGCCCAAACCAGCCGCAAAUGUGGCGGCAAUGCUCAGCGAAACAAUGAUAGAGGAGGCAAUCCGAGAACUACAGCUAUAUGGAAAUAUACCAGUCACUGGGAAAUUAGACGCUACUACUCGAGAACUAAUGUCUAGGAAGAGAUGUGGCUUGAGUGAUCGUCCAAUUCAAGGUGGGCUUCGAAGAAAACGAUUUGCGCUAAUGGGACCGAAAUGGACUAAACAAAUUAUUACCUACAGUGUGGAUAAUCCAUCGCGGACUAUUCCUAAUUUGGGUGCAAUACGACGUGAGAUAAAUGAAGCGAUCAAUAGUUGGCAACAUAUACUACCGAUGCAGUUUCAUGAAAUACGACCGGAAUCAGGAGCUGAUGUAAAGAUACGUUUCGCAAUAGGUGAUCACGGAGAUCCGUAUCGCUUCGAUGGAAGCGGCAGAAUUCUGGCACAUGCAUUUCCACCCGGUGAAGGAAUCGGUGGAGACAUUCAUCUGGACGACGACGAACACUGGACCGUUACACUUACGGGCGAUCCUUUCAGGCAGCAAGUGAGUCUUCGUUCAAUUGUAAUGCACGAAUUUGGACAUAGUAUCGGUCUCUCCCAUUCACAUCAACAAGACAGUGUCAUGUACGCUUUUUAUCAGUACGACUUGCCGCCAAAGCUAUCCUAUGAUGAUUUACUAGCCGUUCGGACUCUUUAUGGCGGCGGUGAUUAUCAUCCAAGAGAACCAACCGAUGCUCCUCGACCGCAUUCAUCUACUACUACACAGCCAUCACCGUUGCCAAGAGGUCCUGAGCAACCUUCUGAUCAGCUUCCAACAAUUCAUCCUGAUACUCCAGAGCUACCUAUCCCAGAACCCGAUCCAUGCAAAUCCGAAUACGAUGCCGUUGCUUCCAUACGACAAGAGAUCUUCGUUUUUAAAAAUAGAUGGUUUUGGCGAAUACGGCAAGAUGGUAUGCUAAGUCAAAAUCCACGUUAUAUCAAUACACUAUGGAAAGAAGCCGCAUGGCCUAUAGAUGCAGCAGUGGAGAGUGAUCAUCAAAUCUACUUAUUCGCAGGUAAAAAUAUUUAUAUAUUCAACGGUCAGCAUCUUGUCGCACAGAAAACACUCACCGAUUUGGGUCUACCGGCCACUGUAGAACGCAUUCGACUUGUUUACACGUGGAACUACUGGACCGAGCAGCCGAUGUAUAUCUGGACAAAAGAUGAGUUCUGGAGAGUUGAUAAGAAAUCUGAAAAGGUAGAAAUUGGUUAUCCACGGAAGAUCGCAACAACAUGGCAUGGUAUUCCAGAGCAAGCCAGCGCAGCCGUUACGUAUAAUAAUGACUUAUAUUUUUUCAAUGGUAAAGCGGCUUACAAGUUCCACACCAUUAAUAUGACAGCAUCACCAAUUAGUACGUCGCAAUUGUGGCACUUUUGCCCAGUGGCAAUGAAAAUCUCAAGCAAUGGAAAUAUAGCACGCAUUUCAUCCUUAUCUACUUUUAUUGUUAUUGUUGUUAUUACUUUUUCCUUCACUGAUCACAAAUGGCCAAUUCAUUUUAUAAUAAAGAUGUAAUGAUGCUAUUUACAACGGUUACCGUUUUGUGACAAAAAAUGACACAAUUUUUUCCUUAAUUUUCCAAACUAAAUUUAAGUUUUAAAUGUUGCCAACGAUUCAGUUUACUUCACUACCAAUGAAAACUCAUUGUUGAAUGAAGCCUGAAUGGUCAGUUACUUUGUUAAUUUACACAAAGCAUUUAAAUGAUCACCCGAUCUAUUCGUCAGUUUAAGCAGAACAAAUUAAUAUAUCGAUGAAACGACACAAACCAAUAAAACGCUCAGAGG